AGCCAAAUGUCCACUUCAAUCCUCCACCUCCUUCCUUCCCAACUCAUUCAUCAUUACAUUACCAUCAAAGAAUCCAUUUUUAUUUUUCCAUUCUCUCUUUCUUACACUUUCUCAUCUUCUCUUCUUCCACAUCACCAUUUUCUCCCACUACUUUUCUCUCUAUUCCCACUCAAACCCCUUUUCUUAUAAACAAAAAAAAUACAAUCUUUUUUGCUUCAUUUCCAUGGCAAACUCUUUCUCUUAAGUUUUCUCUUAGGAGUCUUUUUUGAAGCUUUCUUUCUUUAUUUACCUUUUUCUUAUUCAUUUUGGUUUAAAAAGAAAAAUGGGGAAUUGUUGUUGUUGCAGAAGAGAACCUUCAGUUAUCAGAGUAUCAUCCAAUGCAAAGUCAGAGUCAUCCAAAGACAAUAGUCCCUCAGUUAUGAGAAAAGAAGUUAGAAAACUACCAUCAAAUCCCGAGGAAGUUGAGAGCUUGCGUCGCGAUUCUGCAGCAAAUCCUUUGAUUGCAUUCACAUUCAAAGAAUUAAAGUUAAUGACUGAUAAUUUUAGACAAGAUUACAUGUUGGGUGGUGGCGGUUUCGGUAGUGUGUAUAAAGGGUUUAUAACUGAGGACUUAAGAGAUGGCCUUACACCUCUUCCGGUAGCUGUAAAGGUUCAUGAUGGAGAUAACAGUCAUCAGGGACAUAGAGAAUGGCUGGCAGAAGUUAUUUUCUUGGGGCAGCUUUCACAUCCGAAUUUGGUUAAACUUGUUGGUUAUUGCUGCGAAGAUGAACACCGAGUACUAAUUUACGAGUACAUGUCUCGUGGAAGUGUGGAGAACAAUUUGUUUUCGAGAGUGUUGCUUCCUUUGCCAUGGUCAAUAAGAAUGAAGAUUGCUUAUGGUGCUGCAAAAGGACUUGCCUUUCUUCAUGAAGCUGAAAAACCUGUCAUUUAUCGCGAUUUCAAGACCUCUAACAUUCUGCUGGACCAGGAUUACAAUGCAAAGCUCUCUGAUUUCGGUCUUGCAAAAGACGGUCCAGAAGGUGACAACUCUCAUGUUUCGACUCGAAUAAUGGGAACUUAUGGUUAUGCUGCACCAGAAUAUAUCAUGACAGGCCAUCUAACACCCCGAAGUGAUGUUUACAGCUACGGAGUUGUUCUUCUUGAGCUUUUAACAGGAAGGAAAUCGUUAGACAAGUUGCGUCCAGCUCGGGAACAAAACUUAACAGAUUGGGCUAUUCCUUUGCUUAAAGAGAAGAAAAAAGUGCUUAACAUCAUAGACCCGAGACUAGAAGAUUACCCGACGAAAGGAGUUCACAAGGCAGCCAUGUUGGCUUACCAUUGCUUGAACAAAAACCCGAAAGCGAGGCCCCUAAUGAGAGAUGUUGUAGACUCAUUGGAGCCUCUACAGAACACUAAUGAAAUUUAUGAUGACAAAGGUACCAUAACUGUCAUAACUGCUCCUCAAGUUUAUGAAGUUAAAGUGAAAGAAGAUACAAAAGUGUAGUAAUUUGUUUAUUACAUGACUAUACUCAUCAUUUUGUUUCUUAAUAAGUUUCUUCUUUCACUUUUGUAAUUUUUGAAGUAGAUAUAAAGGUUUUCUUGUGUGUAUCUUAAGAGAAUUUUUUGGGGGUUUUUUGAGUAAAAAAAAAAAACAGGGCUUUUUGUGAAAAUUACAGGUUGUAAAGAUCAUUAUAAGAGCAUAUGUUUUCCUUUGUAGAUUAUGAUGAAAAGUGUUAUUUUCAAACUAGGCACAUAC